CAAGGGUUUGAUCCAGGUAGGACUUGAACCUAGGAGUUCCUGUCCUCUGGUCACAAAGGCUCUUUCUCACCUUCACUUCUUCAUAUUGAAACUCUGUCAGCCAUAAGAUCUGAUCCCAGAACCAGAGAAGAAUCCUCUAACAGGCUGAGCUGACCUCCUGACCCUGAACACAUCUCAGAUAUCUGGUAUCUCCAGGUGAGGUCAGGACCCUGGUUAAGAACUGAUAACCUCUAGCAUCUUCAGAUCCAGACUGUCCAACCAGUACCACCUCACGUUUCAGCCAUGUUGCUGAAAACAUGCUCCAUGUUGGAAGGCCUGAACAGAACCAGAACAUCUAACCAGCAGACAGCUGGUUUUACUGGUAUAUCACCAUGGUCUUCAGACUGUUUCCUAUUUUCAAACAAACCUGCCUGACCUGAUGGACCAGGUCCUACAGACAGAGUCUCCAUCUCUUCUCCAGUGGUGCCUCAAUGUACCCUCAGAUCUUCUGGAAACCCGACCACCAGAUGGCGUCAGAGAACAUUUCUCCCCAAUCUAAAUAGAACGAGAUGGGUUUGUGCUUCCUGAGCUGCAGGAACAUCUGCAGAACUUCCUCUGAAGCUGAAUCCAUCUCUAAUAAAGCACAUGAACACAUUUUCUCACAGAACAUUAAUGCACGUCAGCUUCUAGGAAACAAGGUCUGGUUUUACUGAGCUAACCAAGAGUUUUCAUUUCUCUUCAAGCACUGAAUGAAAUGUGGUUUCUGUUGAUCGACUGAACUCUGGUGGCAACGUUGUUCCUGCUGUAAUCCAUCAAUAUUCCACAUUUACAGGAUGUUUAUUACUCAGACUGAAGUGUGUCAGACAGGAAGACUUCAUCCUGUCACACAUGGAAACUAACCAGAGAUGAUUCAGUGGAAGAAGGUCUUCUGGAACGAUGGAUGCUAUUAACUGAAGGCUCAGCUGCUGAAAACAUCUUUCAGUAUUUCACUUCAAAAGAAAAACUCAAUCAGAACAUUCAAGACACACACCUUUAAGCUUUUGUUUCUGUAGAUGUAGGUGAUUCUGGCUUACAGCUCAUGAAAUGUCAAAACCCAAAGCUGCUUCUCAGGAAGUCACAAUCAGACCAAAAUAAAGAGAUAAAAUGUGUGUGCUGUACAGAACCUGGCCUUACUACUGGGUUGGGGCUCCUUUUGCAUGAAUUACUGCAUCAGUUUGACGAGGCCUGGAGAGAAUCAUCCUGUGGCUCUGCUGUAAUGUUAAAGAAAGCCCAAGUGGCUUUAUGAGCGGCCCUCAGGUGACAUGUCCUGGAUACAGGUGUGUGUGGGGGCUCUUGAAGAUCUGACACAAGCUGGUUAUCCUUGUUGCUUCUGCACAGCUUUUCCUUCCGCUAAACUUUCCAGUCAGAAUUUUUUUUUUUUUAUUCAUUUAUUAGAUAAACUGAAUUGUGGAUUUCCAUUCUCACCAAGCCAGAAUCAUUUAAAUGAACACUCCAGUGUCCUCCAUCUGGUGGCAGUCUGUCCCAGUCCAGCAUUGGAGCUCUGAUGGUGCUGGAGGCUCUGCGGUGGCAGCUGGAUGGCAGCAGAUCAGAUGAAAUGAAAACCAUGAUGUGUUGAGAUUAAUCCAGAGUCAGAGCUGCUCUGUAACCGUUUGCAGGCUAGCACCGUUAGCCUCUGAGCACCAGCUGCACAUUUCCUCCUGAAAACUCGGUCAUAACUGCUGCUCACAUGGAAACAACGACGACGAAAAGACGAGACAACAAGAAGUCUCUUCGGGUAAAAGUCAUCAGCCUGGGCAACGCUGAGGUGGGAAAGAGCUGCAUCAUCAAGCGUUACUGUGAGAAGAGGUUCGUUCCAAAGUACCUGGCAACAAUCGGCAUCGACUACGGAGUCACAAAAGUUCAGGUCAGAGACAGAGAAAUCAAGGUGAACAUCUUCGACAUGGCUGGACAUCCCUUCUUCUAUGAGGUCCGUAACGAGUUCUACAAGGACAGUCAGGGUGUGCUGCUGGUGUACGACGUGGGCCUCAGGGAGAGCUUCGACGCCCUGGACAGCUGGCUGGGAGAGAUGAAACAGGAGAUGGGCUCUCAGGCCAACAUGGACAGCAUCGUCUUCAUCGUCUGCGCCAACAAGGUGGACCUGACGAAACGGCGGGUGGUGGACGAAGGUGAGGGUCGUCUGUGGGCGGAGUCCAGAGGGUUUCAUUACUUUGAGACGUCGGCACAGAGCGGCGAGGGCAUCAACGAGAUGUUCCAGGCGUUCUUCUCCUCCAUCACAGACAUGUGUGAGAACGGCGGGAAGCGGCCGGUGUCAGAGGUCAGCGUGGGCUUCACAAAGGAGCAGGCCGACACCAUUCGACGCAUCCGCAACAGCAAAGACUCCUGGGAUAUGUUGGGGGUGAAGCCUGGCGCCACGCGAGAGGAAGUGAACAAGGCGUACAGGAAGCUGGCCGUCCUGCUGCACCCAGAUAAAUGUGUGGCCCCCGGCAGCGAAGACUCCUUCAAGGCGGUGGUGAACGCGCGCACGUCCCUGCUGAAGAACAUUAAAUAACAGAGAGGAGGACGCCACAUGGGCUGAAGAUCCCCACAGCAGUCUUUAUUUGUGUCUUCUGUCUCUGUGCCACAGUGCUGUAUGCCAACCUCUAACCUGAUCUCACCUGAGAGCAGGAGGAGCACCUGGAGGAGCACCUGGAGGAGCACCUGGAGGAGCACCAGGAGGACCACCUGGAGGACCACCAGGAGUCCCCCAGAACAAAGCAGGUCCUCAGGAUUCGGUUCCUUCGUUCACUGUUUACACAAACGUUCUUUCCAUUAAACGCCGAACAUUUUAAUCAUUUAAUUAUCAAUAAUUUACUUUCAAAUAUUCUUUCUUUCAAAAGUUGUUCAGAAAAAAAUAUUUAAACUUUUUUUAAAUUUACAGAUUAGAGUUGAUUUAAAUUUACUUCAAAAUGAUUUUUCUAUAAUAUAAAAGGUUUCAAUCUAAAUGAAUUCAUAAUUGUAUUAAUUAGUGUUAGUAAUUAUUAAUAGUAAUAAAAACGUCUUUUUGAUGUUUGUGAGCAUCUAAGAUUAGUUCAACUAAUUUCUUCUGUUUCCAGAUUAAAAUCUGAAAUGAAAAAUUGAAUCUGGUCAUAAUCAUCUCAGCUGAAAUCUGCGUCGCUUUUCACAAACUGAAAGUAACAAUUUAGACAAAUUCAAUAAAAAAGUUGAAUGAUUGUUUCAACUAAAUUUAAAAGAAUAUUUAAAUAUCCUGAAAUUCUUUUUCAAGUAUGAAAUCUGGGAUUUGUUUUCUGAACUGGGAACUCUGGUAAAGUUAGAAUUUAUUUAGCUUGUUGUCAUAUUUAUAUUAAAUUUUUAUAUUAAUAUAAACUGUUAAAUUCAGUGUUUGAAACUCAACAUCAAUCAACUAAAUUAAAAAUAUAAUUAAAGUCUCAGAAAACAGGAAGCAGCUGAACUGAGAACAAACUAACUGGUUUAAACUGGGAUUACUGGGUUCCAGAGCAGAUGUUAUUUCCUGUUUGCAUGCGCCGCCUCGGUUCUGUUCGUUUCCUGUUUAGUUUCUUAGAACCUGGAGUUCUAAUAAACGUCACCGACCCGUUUCACUGAGGCUGCAGCAGAAUUCUCCGACAGUCUUUGGACGUUCUACCAGAUGUUCUGGGUUUUGACCCGUGAAAUAAUCAGAAUCCUACUGGGUUUGUUCCCUUGUUUCCACUUUCUAAUAUUAGACCCUGUAACUUAGUCAGAACUUUCACUGGACCUCAUGUUAGGGUCCUGCCUCCUCAUCACCUGUGAAGCAUGUUUCCUUCCCACUCCUACUGAAGGUUUACAUGAGGAAGGUACCGGCCCGCCUCGCUGGCUCCAGAACCGCCAUCUGUGUGUGUGUUUACGGACUUUUGACCAGGUCGGACGUGGAGCGGACAGCUGCAGCAUGGAGACAUGUCCUAGUUUUCUAUUUUUACAUGUUUGUGUCUGUGUCCACAGGAGUGAAUAAAGCUUCCAUGUUCAACCAAA